GUUUGGCGCGGCGCAAGCAGCCCGAACUGCAGCCGUUGGUGAUCUAGGACUAAGACAGGAGCCUGGCCACUCCCUUCGAUGCUUCGUCGAGGGGCGAUGGCUUCGGCGCCGUGCUCGAAGAUCGGGCGCCCGGCGGUGAGACGCGAGAUGCCGGCUGCUCCUCGCGAGCCGCGGGGCGCGCGGCGGAGGGAACUGCAGCCGUUGGUGAUCUAGGACUAAGACAGGAGCCUGGCCACUCCCUUCGAUGCUUCGUCGAGGGCGAUGGCUUCGGCGCCGUGCUCGAAGAUCGGGCGCUGGCGGUGAGACGCGAGAUGCCGGCUGCUCCUCGCGAGCCGCGGGGCGCGCGGCGGAGGGAACUGCAGCCGUUGGUGAUCUAGGACUAAGAAAGGAGCCUGGCCACUCCCUUCGAUGCUUCGUCGAGGGCGAUGGCUUCGGCGCCGUGCUCGAAGAUCGGGCGCCCGGCGGUGAGACGCGAGAUGCCGGCUGCUCCUCGCGAGCCGCGGGGCGCGCGGCGGAGGGAACUGCAGCCGUUGGUGAUCUAGGACUAAGACAGGAGCCUGGCCACUCCCUUCGAGCUUCGCGAGGGAUGGCUUCGGCGCCGUGCUCGAAGAUCGGGCGCCCGGCGGUGGACGCGAGAUGCCGGCUGCUCCUCGCGAGCCGCGGGGCGCGCGGCGGAGGGAACUGCAGCCGUUGGUGAUCUAGGACUAAGAAAGGAGCCUGGCCACUCCCUUCGAUGCUUCGUCGAGGGCGAUGGCUUCGGCGCCGUGCCCGAAGAUCGGGCGCCCGGCGGUGAGACGCGAGAUGCCGGCUGCUCCUCGCGAGCCGCGGGGCGCGCGGCGGAGGGAGGGGCGGAGGGGGCGCCCGCCCAGCGACCCGAGCCUGGCAGGACAGCGGCAGCCAAAGACGAGGGAAGGAGCGGGGGGGCUCUGGAGAGCUGCUGCGGGAUACGUUCGGCGCAACGGGCGCGUGGCACAGCCAACGGGGGUGAUUUGUGAGACAGACCAUCUGCCGGGCGAUGGCCAUAACCUUGCGUCUACACGUAUUCCGCGGGUGCUCUCAAGAGCUGCUGCGGGAUAAGUUGGGUGCAACGGGCGCAUGGCACAACCAACGGGGCAGAGGAAAUCGAAGAAAAGAAGGACAGCGAGGACCACCAUGCGGCUGUUGAAAAAUACGUACGACAGCGGAGUCGCAGUCGAACGCAGGUAGGCUUGCCACACCUUGCCAUAUGUGUGGCGCAAGAGGUAGCGCCACACCUGGCGACUGCAGUUGAAAAGAUCCGAAACCAGACUUUGAAAGAUGUCUCUAGCGAAGCUGUCGUUUCAAGCCUAUGAAGCCAACGUUGAGCACACCGGGUUUCAAAUGUGGGUGGAUAGUUCCUUAGGUCAACGCCCCGACGGUAGUUUGCACACGAAUGCUUCGGGGAGCUGGACACUGGCGGCGGCAUGGCCACGGCAGGCGCGAUCGGACCACGCCAGAGCAAACGUUUCCUGCUU